CUCCCCGCCUCGCCCCGAGGGCGUCACGUGGCGGCGUGGGGCCCGCCUCCGGUGACGUCACCGCGCUCGCAGCCGUCGCGCCGAAGAAAGGAUGCUCUAGGAUGCUGUGCAGGUGGGCGGCGGGGAUGCGCCAUGCGGCACUGCAGGUGUAACUAGCAUGGUCAAUGCAGGAGCGAUGAGCGGCUCUGGAAACCUGAUGGAUUUCCUCGAUGAGCCAUUCCCUGAUGUGGGGACGUAUGAGGACUUCCACACCAUCGACUGGCUGCGGGAAAAGUCCCGGGACACCGACAGACACAGAAAGAUAACCAGCAAAAGCAAGGAGUCCAUAUGGGAGUUCAUCAAGAGUUUGCUGGAUGCCUGGUCAGGCUGGGUGGUGAUGCUGCUCAUCGGCCUGCUGGCGGGCACCUUGGCUGGGGUCAUCGAUCUUGCCGUCGACUGGAUGACCGACUUGAAGGAGGGGGUCUGCCUGUCUGCCUUCUGGUACAGCCACGAGCAGUGCUGCUGGACUUCCAACGAGACCACUUUUGAGGACAGGGACAAGUGUCCCCUAUGGCAGAAAUGGUCGGAGCUGCUGGUGAAUCAGUCGGAGGGUGCCAGUGCUUACAUUCUGAAUUACCUCAUGUACAUCCUGUGGGCAUUGCUGUUUGCCUUUUUGGCCGUCUCCCUGGUGCGCGUGUUUGCACCAUAUGCCUGUGGCUCGGGUAUACCAGAGAUAAAGACCAUUUUGAGCGGCUUUAUCAUCAGGGGCUACUUGGGGAAGUGGACCCUGCUGAUCAAGACCGUCACCCUGGUGCUGGUGGUGUCCUCCGGCCUGAGCCUGGGGAAAGAAGGGCCGCUGGUGCACGUGGCUUGCUGCUGUGGCAACUUCUUCAGCAGCCUUUUCUCCAAGUACAGCAAGAACGAGGGCAAGAGGCGCGAGGUGCUCUCUGCCGCCGCCGCUGCCGGAGUCUCCGUGGCCUUUGGGGCUCCAAUCGGGGGUGUGCUCUUCAGUCUUGAGGAGGUCAGUUACUACUUUCCCUUGAAGACCUUGUGGAGAUCCUUUUUCGCGGCCCUGGUGGCAGCCUUCACGCUGCGAUCCAUCAAUCCCUUUGGGAACAGCCGUCUCGUUCUCUUUUACGUGGAAUACCACACGCCCUGGUACAUGGCCGAGCUCUUCCCCUUCAUCCUGCUUGGGGUCUUCGGAGGCUUGUGGGGAACCCUCUUCAUCCGCUGCAACAUCGCCUGGUGCAGGAGGCGCAAAACCACCAAGCUGGGCAAGUACCCGGUGCUGGAGGUCAUCGUGGUGACCGCCAUCACCGCCAUCAGCGCCUACCCCAACCCCUACACGCGCCAGAGCACGAGCGAGCUCAUUUCCGAGCUGUUCAAUGACUGCGGCGCCCUCGAGUCCUCCCAGCUCUGUGACUACAUCAACGACCCCAACAUGACCCGGCCUGUGGAUGACAUCCCGGACCGGCCGGCCGGCGUCGGGGUUUACACGGCCAUGUGGCAGCUGGCCCUGGCGCUGAUCUUCAAAAUCGUCAUUACCAUCUUUACGUUUGGCAUGAAGAUCCCCUCAGGCCUCUUCAUCCCCAGCAUGGCCGUGGGAGCCAUGGCGGGCAGGAUGGUGGGGAUCGGCGUGGAGCAGCUCGCUUACCAUCACCAUGACUGGAUCGUCUUCAGGAACUGGUGCAGGCCCGGAGCAGACUGUGUCACCCCCGGACUUUAUGCCAUGGUGGGAGCUGCGGCCUGCCUAGGUGGAGUUACCCGGAUGACGGUGUCAUUGGUGGUCAUCAUGUUUGAAUUAACGGGUGGUCUGGAGUACAUUGUGCCCCUGAUGGCAGCAGCCGUGACCAGCAAGUGGGUGGCCGAUGCCUUCGGGAAAGAAGGCAUCUACGAGGCUCAUAUCCACUUAAACGGGUACCCGUUUCUGGACGUGAAGGAUGAGUUCACCCACCGCACGCUGGCGACCGACGUCAUGCGGCCACGGCGGGGCGAGCCGCCUCUGUCCGUGCUCACCCAGGACAGCAUGACCGUGGAGGACGUCGAGACGCUCAUCAAGGAGACCGACUACAACGGCUUCCCUGUGGUGGUCUCCAGGGACUCCGAGCGCCUCAUUGGGUUUGCCCAGAGGAGGGAACUGAUUCUCGCAAUAAAGAACGCCAGACAGAGGCAGGAGGGCAUCGUGAGCAAUUCCAUCAUGUACUUCACGGAGGAGCCCCCUGAGCUGCCGGCCAACAGCCCGCACCCCCUGAAGCUGCGGCGCGUCCUCAACCUCAGCCCGUUCACGGUCACGGACCACACCCCCAUGGAGACGGUGGUGGACAUCUUCCGGAAGCUGGGGCUCCGGCAGUGCCUGGUGACACGGAGUGGGAGACUUCUUGGCAUCAUCACGAAAAAGGAUGUUUUGAGACAUAUGGCCCAGAUGGCAAACCAGGACCCUGAAUCCAUCAUGUUUAAUUAGAAACAAGGUGGCAUUUAUUUUGAGAAAAACACAACUGUGUCAUUUUAAAAGAAAUAAACAAAUGAUAUGUUAUUAUUCUAAUGAACGAUUGUACGCUGGGGGCAGUGGAAACAAAAGCUUUGUUUGGAAAGGAAGAAGGAUGAAACCUUUUUAAAAAAAAAGACAUCAAUGAGUAGGCAUUUUGUAGCUUUAACCCCUUGUGAGUUUCCAGCUGUGUUUCUUAAUGAGUUUAUUAACUGCCAUGGGGGCAUGGGGGUGGGUGUAAACGAUGUGGUUUGUCCAAGGACACGGAACUGAGUCCAGAAACGUUUGCCCCUUGUGUUUAAGGCUGAUGUUUGUGAAGCUUUGAGUCCAAAAAGGCAAAGGAGUAUUGGCCCGUGAGCAUCUUUUAUUUAUCGGUUCCUGAAGUUUUGCUGCUAUUUUACUGAAUCGGACUAAAGAUAUUCGCACUUACUUUGUUGGAAAAGACAAGAGAAAUUAAGUUGGAACAUAGUGAAAGCUGAAAGGUUUUUGCCAGCUGGUUCACUCAUGACCAUCCAAUUUCUUGCUCCUGUUCUCAGCCUAGUGUUUUGCUUCUCCAUCAGUUUCCAAACCAACAUCCAGGGUCUCCUGCAGCGACGAGUAUGAAGAAAGCAUCUCUCUGUGCAAGACCAGCAUCUUGGGACUGCAUAAUGAACUACUGGCAUUUCCUCCCACACAAAGGGAUUCCUCCCGAUUUUGAGGGUAUACACACCUGCUCGUUGUGUUGCAGACGUGUUGCAUGUGCUGCACCUGUUUAUUGCUGUUGCCCGUGCAUUCCUAAAUAUUGAGCAGUCCAGCACUUUCCAUGGGCCAUAUCCUAUAUG